GAAGAUGAUAUGAUUGAGGUUGGAAUAUGAAUGUGUACAUAACAUGUAUAAAACUAGCAUAAAUAAUGAUGGCUAAGACUUCUGGCAUUUCCUUGGUAAUAGUGGCUAUUACAGUGCUGAUAACGUAAUGACUCAUACAUACUGAUACUGCAUCUUUCCUUGGACUUUCCAAGGAACAUUAAUUGAACAUGAUAAGAAUUUGAAUUUCAAGUAAUCCAAUUUCUAUAUAUCGGUCUUAUCAAUUUUCCUCAUAUUCCUAGGAUUUAUCAUAAGAUAUCAAUCAUCCAUACAAACAGACGUACUCAGAAUCUUCAAAAUUUCAUCAAUUUAAUGUGAAGCAUGAGGAACUUCUGCAGAGAAAAAGACACUCAAACGGGAGCAGUUCUUCCUAUGUUCAUAAUGCUCCAAUUCUCUUCCUUUCAUUUUCUGUUCACUGUUCUACUCUUUCUGUUACUGCUGGUGAUGCUCACGAAGAAAACCAAAGCCAAAAAUCUGGUUUCUAAGUUGCCUCCCGGACCUCAGAAGCUGCCAAUUAUUGGGAAUUUGCAUCAGUUGGCUGGUUCACUACCAUAUUAUUCGUUAAGAGACUUGGCCAAGAAAUAUGGACCCAUUAUGCACCUACAUUUGGGUGAGGUUUCUGCAAUAGUCAUUUCAUCACCAGAAGCGGCCAGAGAGGUGUUGAAGACACAUGAGCUUGUUUUUGCACAAAGACCUGAAGUUCUUGCAAUUCAGUUGAUUUCAUAUGAUCAUCCAGGGCUUAUUUUCUCUCCCUAUGGAAAUUACUGGAGACAAAUGCGAAAAAUAUGUGUAUAUGAGCUUCUAAGUGCUAAGCGUGUUGGGUUUUUUAGAUCAGUAAGAGAAGAAGAAGUCUGCAGUUUGGUUGAAUCCAUCUCCUCUUCCCAUGAACUUCCCAUCAAUCUCAGCAAAAUGAUUUUCUCCUUGACAAACAUUGUGAUAUCCAGGACUGCCUUUGGGAAAAAGAGCAGAGGUCAAGAUGAAUUCAAGCCAUUACUUAAGGAAUUAAUAAAGUAUAGUGCAGGCUUCCAUACACCUGAUUUGUUUCCUUCAGUUAAAUUUCUUAGUCUCCUGAUUGGAAUGAAGCCUGCAUUGCAAAGAAUACACAAAAAACUCAACAAAAUUCUUGAUGAUAUUAUUAAUGAUCAUAAGAUGAAGAUAAAAUCGAAUUUCACCAGCAAUGAGGAACCUGAUGGGGAAGAUCUAGUUGAUGUGCUUCUACGACUCCAAGAAUCAAGUGCACUCGGCUUUGAAAUCACGACUGACCACAUAAAAAUCGUCAUUUUGGAUAUCUUUAUAGCAGGAACUGAGACUGCAGCAACUACCUUAGAAUGGGCAAUGGCAGAACUGAUGAGGAACCCAAAAAUAAUGGAGAGGGCACAAGAUGAGGUGCGUCAAGUCCUAGGAAGGAAUACAAGAAUUAGUGAAAACAACAUUCAGAAAUUGGACUACUUGAAAUCAGUUGUCAAAGAAACACUUCGGCUGCACCCUCCUCUUCCACUGGUGCCCAGAGAGUCCAGGGAAAAAUGUGUAAUAGAAGGAUUUGAGAUACCAUCCAAAACAAGAAUUCUCGUCAAUGCAUGGGCACUAGGGAGAGACCCAGAACAUUGGAUGAAUUCUGACUGCUUUUGGCCAGAGAGAUUCCUCAGUUCUUCCAUUGAUUUCAAAGGGACCAACUUUGAAUUCAUUCCAUUUGGGGCUGGAAGGAGGAUUUGUCCAGGCAUAUCAUUUGGUCUUGCUAACGUUGAACUAGCACUUGCUCAACUGCUAUACCACUUUGACUGGGAGCUCCCAGAUGGUAUCAAACCGGCAGAACUCGACAUGACAGAGACUUUUGGAGUAACCUGUAAGAUAAGAAACGAUUUGUAUUUACUAGCCACCCCUUUUGUUCCUUUUCUUAACAAGGAACAUUGAAUUAAGAUGG